CCGCCACCCCAAUUCUACUCCCACGGUACUCCGGUAUGCUCUUUCCCCUUAUAUUUCUGAAGCAAAAUUAUACGGAAAUCUGGGUAGACUGCGAUUCACCGUCGAAAGAAUUAGAGAACCAGUAUUCCUUUUCUUUCCAAAAAUGGCUUCUUUUUCUCUUUCUACCAAUCAUUCUCUUCCUUUUCCACUGUAUGCUCAAACCCCAAAACUCACAUUAUUCCAAAAUCUUUCUCCCCUUUCUAGAUAUUCUCAGUCUCAAUUUUAUGGCCUGAAGCUGUCUCAUUCAUCCUAUCUUCCAAUCCCAGUUUCUUCUCUGGUCAAAAGUUCUAUUGUAGCCAAGGUGUCAGAAGGUUCGGUUCCACCACCGUUUACAUUGAAAGAUCAAGAUGGGAGGAAUAUAAGUCUUUCUAACUUCAAAGGCAUGCCUGUGGUGGUUUAUUUCUACCCUGGUGAUGAAACCCCAGGUUGCACUAAACAGGCUUGUGCCUUCAGGGACUCUUAUGAAAAAUUUAAGAAAGCCGGAGCUGAGGUUGUCGGGAUAAGUGGGGAUGAUGCAGCAUCCCACAAGGCCUUUGUAAAGAAACACAGACUUCCAUUUACAUUACUUAGUGAUGAAGGUAACAAGGUUAGAAAAGAGUGGGGCGUCCCGGGAGACCUAUUCGGUGCAUUGCUGGGACGGCAAACUUAUGUUCUUGACAAGAAUGGAGUGGUUCGACUUGUGUACAAUAAUCAGUUCCAGCCUGAAAAGCAUAUUGAUGAGACCUUAAAGUUUCUUCAAAGUGCUUGAUUUCAGUAUUUCUUUAACUUUUUGCUACUGGCCGCUGUGAACUUUUUCAUUUUUUUCCCUGAGUGUGUGAUUUCGUAAAGGAUAUCCUCCAUUGAAAUUGCAGCUAUAUGAGCUGAGGAUUUGAUGUUCAGUUCCAAAAAUCAUUAGAAAUACAAGGAUAAUUUAUGCUUUAUUUCA